GCCAGUUGUAGAGCGAACGUCACUGCUUGAUGGGUUCAGGCAGUUUGAAAUUAUUUCGGUCUAGACUCGGUUAGAUUUGAGUUUUGAUAUUGCAGAACACUCUGAGAUGGAUAUUAGUUUUCAUGGUAACAAUGUCAACUGUUUGAGAAGAUUGAAUAUUUUUUCUUUGGUUGAGACAUGAGGUCUAAUGGUGGUAGAGGUGUUUAACUGUGCAGCGAAAAUAACUGGUGGAAAAAUGGCGGUUAUUCUGGGUACUGCGGUGGCAAUCACGGCUUUUUCAGCGUGCAUUGCUCCAUUGCUACAUUGCCCGGAUGAUGACGAUGACAACGACUUCGAAGAGUCCAAAAAAACUCUUGCUCGCACCGCCGGAAUUAUCCCGAAGCCUCAAUCAUUGAUGACAAUUUUCUUGAAUGGGCUCAGGAAAAUAGGUGUCAUCUCUCCGUCAACCGACACCGAAAAAUCUCCCCCGCCAAGCUCUCGCAAAAAUCCAACAAAGGGAAAGGCGUUAUUCACGUGCGUCCCGCCAGUGGUACCGGUCGUCCAAGUCUCGACAACUCCACGGGAUCCACCGAAGAAUGUGCAGGAGCCAGUGCACAAUUCCCUGGUUCCUCCUGUGAACGAUUCAGACAAACGCAACGUCAUGCAGUGCGUCAACAUCCAUUUAAUCCUGUCGAGGUCGACACAGUCCACGCAGACAGAAGACGAUUAUUUAAGUGCAAUGGAAACAACAGGGACUUCUCAGGGUCCACAAAUACCUGAGGGGAUACACGAGUCGUCAGCCGUCGAGCCGAGAUCAUCAGACGUGGGUACUCAAGCAGACACACUAAUGACUGAGGAUCGGUCAACACUUCCAGUUCAAAGAACUUCAAGUAUAGCUACUCAGGUAAGAUUAUUGAUGCCGGAGGCCAGAUCGACGCUUUCAGCGCCAAAAUCGUCAAGCGUAGGUACUCAAGCGAGACUAUUAAUGACUGAAGACAAGUCCACCCUUGCACCUCUAAGAUCAUCAGUCCAAUCAGGCCCAUUGAUGACCGAAGACAGAUUAACGCUUCCACAUCCCAGAUUACUACAACAAGCAGAAUCGGUAACGACCGACGAGUCAACUACAUCAUCUGCAGUUCGAAAUCCAUCAUCAUCAGCUGCGGAUACUGAAGGCAGUCGUACCGACCCCCAGGUUCCGUUAAAAAUUCUAGUCCCACAAGUGCCGAAGCCUCCACGAGCCCACCCCCCUCAAAAAUUCAUAACCGAAGCUUUAGGCCAUCGAGAUGCUUCGCUGAGAAUCGCUACUGAAAUGCAGACCAAGUCAUCCCUCAACCAGACGUCUUCAGACGGAUCUAGUCGCUUGCAGAUGAGACCGACACCAACAGGCAGAUUCCGUGCACAAUCAUCCCAUCAGUAUCACUCAUCUACAAGUUUUUCGUCUUCGAGUAUGGAGCCGCCAUCAGCGACGUUAUAUCCCCGCCAUCUUCCAGGAUCGAAUCCUUCGAGGAGUCGACGGUCUGGAGAGUCUAAGAAGACGCUCUCAGACUCGUCGGCCUCACUGACCGACAGGAUCAAGAGUACCUUGAAGUCCUUGCAGACUUCUAAAUCAAGGAGUAACGGGAUUGACUCAAAAGAUCGUCCAGACACGACGGGAGGGCAAACUCAUGCGUCUGAUGACUGGCGUCGCAGUAGACGUCUGUAUUUGGCUGAGGCGUCGAGGCCGAGUAGUGUGAUUCAGGAUUUGGAGAGAUCCAGUGAACCUUAUUCAACCUCAGAGGUAAUGUCCUCGACUAGAGUGCCCAAUGUUUCAAUGAUCAGUGUCGCCGAAGAAAUUGGGAAUGAUCCACCCGGAUUUCCUGACGACAUAUCCCAUGAAGCUGAUCAUAAUCAAGAGGAGGAGGUGGUCAGGAGGUGGAACAGAGACAUAAAUCAUCUCAUCAGGACACAGAAUGCCUUCCUAGGGAGGAAUGGACAUCAUCUGCUUCCAAGUGAUCAUCAGGAGGCCACGAAUGAGUGUCCUGAACUCAGUCCAAGCAGACCACCAGAAAUUCUACUCUGCUGUCAUCGCCCAGAUUCAAGGACUACCAUCUCGGAUGCUGAGACAGAUCAACCGUUUCUUCGUAAGGAGAGGAGGGGAAUUACUGAGAGGGUGCGGAACUUCUUCCUACGUCGUGGGAGGAGGAAAUAUAGAAGGACUUUUCCGGAGUGCGAUACGACGUUUGAGGGGACUCUCAGGUGGAACUUGAGACCCCAGCAAUGCAGUUCUUUGUAACAGGGGAUUAGGAAUAUGAGAUUAUUUUCGAAAUUUUAAUGUUUUAGUUAUUGAAUGGUUGAGACGUUCACUGAAUUGUUAUUAUUUAGUUUUGAUUUUUUAAUUGCAGUCGAUUGAUACUUUUAUUUGUUAUUGAAGGUGUGAAGUGAUUAUUCGAUCAAAUAAUCACUCCGAGGUUUAUCACUUGUUCGACGACAUGAGUUAUCAUUAUCAAGAAAAUGUAUCACGCGAAAUGUCGGAGGGGUGCUAUUGAAUUGUAAUUCUUUGGUUCUUCGUGAAAUAUUGAUUGAGAAAGAUAAAAAAUAAUUGAUAAUUGAAAUUUUUUUUGUAUGAUUAUUGGUAACUUCCUCACCUGAAGGGAGGAAGUUAUUUAUGAUA